GCAGGCAGAAUAACUGUAAGCAAUAGGUCGCGUUUAUUAACGUAUAGAGACAGCGCUAUGGUGGGUUGCCAGCUCCGAUUCUGUAAAACGACGUACUGAUUCGAAGGUGAUACACGUGUCCGUGAGUCCUGCCAUACCGCGCGCACAGUCAGUCAUGUUUCUCAGUACUUUUCGUGGCCCGUGCAUGCGUGGCCAAUCGACGGCAUUAUUUUGCGGAAUGAUUUUUCACUGAGGCGAAGAACUUAUUUCUUGUAGACCCUUGCGCGAAAAUGGAAACGAAUGCAAGUAUAUUGCAUAAGUCAACCGCGUGCACGAGCCAUAAAAAAGUUCUUGCGCGUUCUUGGAGUCAUUGAUUAACACUACCAUUAGUUGCCGCCCUAUAAUCCAUUAGAACGCGACAUACAAAGACUAAUGACCUCUUUGUUCGCGCGCCAUGGUCACUGUUUUUUUUAUUUUAUUUAUUUUAUUUUUUUAGGAACUGCACAUCCUUCUCUCUCUCUCUCUCUCUCUCUCUCUCUCUCUCGAAUCUCAAGCAUCCGCAAGCCCACCUGUUCUUCUUCUUUCUCUUCUUCUUCUUCUUCUUCUUCUUCUUCUUCAGAAAGGGGGCGGUGCUCGUGUGGACGUCACAUGGCCGUCAAAUCGCCACGCGCCGCGAUUGGCGGCGAGCAGACGAGCUCGUGGGCACGGCGGGGAGCCGCGCGGAAAGGGGGCGUGUUGCGAAGGGGGGCGCGCGCGCUCGCCAGCCUUUGUGCAUCACUUCCAAUAUCUCACGCGUCAAUAAUUGAGCGCGCGAGCAGACGGAAGCCCUUGCGCUAUGCGCUCAGCCGCGUGCCGACUAGACGAGGGCCUCGCUGCGUUCACCGCCGCCUCAAGACUCGCGCACGGGAACAACACGAAGGAGAAAAGGAUCUAGAGACAGAAAAACUCACCGAGUUCGAGAGGAAAGAAAAACCUGGAGACGGCUACGACUUUGUGAGUGCCCUGAAGCAGGAGAGAAGUGCUGAGGAGACUGUGAGGCUGAAGUUGACAGUGAUGCUGGUGUUUGUGCUGUGCGCGCUGGCGUUGGGUUGCCUCGCGAGCGCGCAGAACGAGACGGAGCCCAUCGUUUUGGAAGGAAAAUGUCUGGUCGUGUGCGACUCAAACCCAACUUCAGACCCCACCGGCACUGCGCUCGGGAUUUCCGUGCGCUCCGGAACCGCCAAAGUCGCAUUCUCCGCAGUCAGGAACACCAACCUCGAGCCGUCCGAGAUGAGUAACCGGACAAUGGUCAUCUACUUUGAUCAGGUUCUCGUGAACGUCGGCAGAAGUUUCGACGAAGAUAGAAGUCAUUUCUUCGCCCCGCGUAAAGGGAUUUACAGUUUUAAUUUCCACGUCGUGAAGGUUUACAACCGGCAAACUAUCCAGGUGAGCCUCAUGCACAAUGGGUGGCCUGUGAUUUCAGCCUUUGCUGGAGACCAGGACGUGACACGCGAGGCUGCCAGUAAUGGUGUUCUGAUCCAAAUGGAGAAAGGCGAUCGUGCCUACCUCAAGCUAGAGCGGGGCAACCUGAUGGGUGGCUGGAAGUACUCCACCUUCUCUGGCUUCCUGGUCUUCCCUCUGUAGAUGAGGGUCUCAUCAUGUAGGGACUAUUGUUCUUCAGCUCACCAGCUUGUGGGACUGUGGCGAUAGAGUGAGAGAAAGAGAUGAUGAGGCGAAGUAGGAGUGUGUGUGACAAAGAGAAAUAUAUAUAUAAAUAUAAGGAAGGAAUUUGAAAAGAGAAUUAGUAUGGCUAGCUCUUUGACAUGCUCGCUCCGCUGCUUGCCUACAGCUCUGGACAGCCAAAACCUUUUUUUUUUUUUUAUUGUGAUAAUUACAAUAAUUAACAAUUAAACAAUAAAAUUAUAGAGGCUAUUGCCUUUCUCCUCAUAUAUCUCUUUAUUUAACCUUCCAUAUAACAUGAAGAAUGUCUAUCAUCAGACGUUUAAGGAAUGUCUGUCAUCAAACUCAAGGCACAAAAUCAUCCAGGCCCAUUAUGUCAUAUUGGCAAUUUCUUAAACGUAAUCCUCAUAUACAUAUAUUUCUUGUCUUUCUCUCCUUAAAAUAUCGCAAGCGGCAAUCUCAGUUGUACAAGCAUAAUGCUGUUCCCUUCAGUCUUAACUGGAAGUUUUGCUCUUUUUUGGCUCUGCUAUUUGUCCUUAAAACUGGAGGACGCGUUUCACUCUGUUAUGCCUGGAGAGUACACGAACUCCUCAAAGAGACUCUACCUGUAUACUGGAUAUAUACAGAUAUAUAAAAUUCUUCAAAUUUCUAUAUGAUAUACUCUAUGACUAUCUGAACCUUAUUAUGUAUUUCUGUAUUUUAAUGUUAAUAAUAGUGGUUUUGUGAGUGUGUAUGGGUGUGCGUAUGUGUGCGUGCUGUGUGUGUGUGAGUGUGUGUGUCAUAAUGCUGCAGCCAAGCUACCAAUGCUUCUUGUUUUCAUUUCAGAAAUGUGGCUACACUUAAGCUAUAUCAGAAGUACUAUAAAGUAAUUUUAUUAUUAUUAUUGACUGUAAGAUAUGUGUGAAUAUUAAGAAACCAUUUCUUUUACUCAUCAAUUAACAAAUUAAAUUAUUGUUUUUAUUUUUAUUUUUUAUUUGCUUUGAUCCAAUAAAAAUUAAAUGGUCAUUUUUAUUUUUCCUAA